AUGAUUAAUACGACGACAAAAAGGGAGGAAAGCUUUUUGACAACAAAGGUAUCUGAUCGAGUGAUUACAGUUGAAAAUGAAUAAAGAUCAACUUAUAGCUUUGUAAGAAGAAAUUAUUUGACAACUACAUUUGCUACCUUAGCAAGCAGAUAAACCAAUGGAGUUUAUAACGUUGCUUUCAAUACUUCAUGUUGUCAACCUUGCCCAUAACCAUGUCCUCAACCAUAAGCAAUGCCCAUGCCAAUUUAUAUUCCCAUGCCAUACCCAUAAUAAUGUGAAAAAGAAUGUCAUUGCGAGGAGGAAGAAUAAUAUAAGGAGGAAGUUCUUAUUUUGAGAAAAAGAGUUGCUGAAUUGUUAAGUAGAUAGCCAUAAGUAAAAAUGGAAAAAGAAACAGUCAAAGUUGAAAAUACAACUAGAAUAGCAGAUUUGUAAAUGGAAAUAGAAAGAAUAAAAAUAAACCUUAGAAAUGAAUAGGAUAGAUUGAGACAAAAGGAAGGAUAGUAUCUAGAAUUAAGAAGUGAUAAUUCAUCUUAAUCUUUGAAAGAUAGAUUAGCAAUUUUAGAAAGUUAAUUAUAUAAUUCAAAAUUGGAAUUAGAAAAACUUUAAGGCCUUCUUUAAUCUAAGUUAUAAGAAUUAGAUGAAUGGGAAUAAAGAUAUCAUCAUAUGGAAAGCACUGUUACUGUCGAAAGCACUGAAACUGUGACUUUAACUAAUGAAGUUGAAGUUUGGAAAACAAGAUUUAAGAAAUUAAACAAUGAUUUUUUUGAGACAUAAGAAAAAUUGAUUAUGGCGUAAGCUGAAUUAGAAGCCCUUAAAAAAGGGGGAGUAACCGAAGUUAAAUAAGUUACUGUACAAUAGAAUGUGACUAGUUCCUCUGUUAAUAGAGUAAUUGAACAAUCCUCGAGGGGUUCUAGAUUCAUAGAUUAAAAUCUAGUUGGAAAGUUAUAUCCUUGA